UGUGAAACGUACGCAUGUUUGAAUUUUGAAUUUUGUGCGGAAAACGCGCGCCACAACUCACCGUCUACCGUCGCGUAUUGCGCAAGUCACGAGUUCGCAAUCGGGUUCGAUCAAUUGCGAAACGAAGCUAUAGUGAAAAUGGUGCUGCAGAUGAGAGCCAAGUGAGAGUGCCAAACGAUGCACCGUGAAUGCAGGUGGAAAAUCCAGCAAGCAAGCUGUCGUGCAGUGAAAGGUGUGUGCGCCGGAAAAAUCCAUACGGCCGUGCUGUUGUCGGUCGCACUAUCAAAGUAACCUUGCAAACGGCAAAGAAACGCGCAAUUUUGGGGCCGCAAUCGGUGCCUGUCAUCGGUGGUGCGUUUCUACACACAACACAGCCACGAUCGAAGUAAACUGUGCCGUGCCGAGUCAGGAUGUCGUUGAACGGGAAAUCCUGCCGCCGCGAUUGUGUUUUAGUCUUAAUUGGUUGUUUUUGCAGCAAGCGUGUGCGGCCAGCCAGCAUUACCGUUUAAGUGCUAAUGAUAGAUUUGUUGAGUGAGUAAUUGCAUUCGCUCGGUGGCUAUAUUAGCAAUACACACAUCCUCGCGGCCACAGUGCGAUUGAGAAAAGUGGUGGCAGAAAUCGAAACACAACAACAACAGAAGGAUUUGACAGGACCUGCGUGAUGGGAAACACACAAGCACAGGCGGGCACACAGCCGACCAGUGUGCUGUCAGCUGAGCAGCAACCGGCCUCAAGGUCGUCCAAAACGCCGUCUCUCUCCAAGGGUCGAAGCUUUAUCAAAUUCGGCAAGCGCAAGCAGCUGUUCGUGGAGCACGACGGCCAAACGUCGUCGUUGGCCGGCGGUCGGGUUGGCAUCGCCGAGGGAGACGGCACCAAACCGCGCGACCUUGCCGCUGCUGACACGGAAGAGGACGGCUUUUCGAACAUACUGCUGGAUGUCGCUACUCACCUAGACCGGAACAGCUCACGGCGUGAGCAAACUGCAGCCGAGGUGGGUGAACCGCCGAUCGAGAAAUCAGCUGAUUCGAAUACGCACGACGACGAGGAGCAGCUUGCUUACAUCCAAAAACAUGACGGCCAACCAUCCAAGCAUGCAAAAGAUGCGUCGCGAUCCGUUGAUGACGCAACUGGCGAUGCUUCACAACACACUGAACGCACACAACCCGUGGUACCGGCUUCGACGACGACGACGACGACGAUGAUGACGACAUCAACGACCACAACAGGGGGCUUGAACGCCAACCCAAGCGCAUCUUCCACCCACCCCACUCACUGUAAGUCGCUGACCUGCUUAGAGACGCACAAUCACAACCCUCCACAACAAAUGCUACCACCGCCACACCCUACAUGCCCGCAUCUGCCAGCUGCCAGCCGUUCUACCAGCAGCAGCUCCACCGGUCCCGCUAGCACACUCACUGGCACCCGCGAAUGCAGCAGCGCACCAACACCACUGCAAGCUAGCGGCUUGCCGGUCGCGACGCAUUCCGCCGUUUCUAUAACAACAAACGAUGGUGAAACCCCCACCCAACCGGCCCACGACUGCAGACAGCAGGCAGCAUCGGCAGCAGCACGCAGCAAACCAGUUCCAGCCGCGGACAGCACGUACGGCGACUGUGGUUGUGGUGGUGUGGUCGGUGGCCAGCAGCCAACAGCGAACCCGAUCAUUGUCACUACCGACUCGUGGAAAAGGGCCAAUUCGCUCAAUCAAAAUUCAGCCGCGCGUGAAAGCCAACCUUCGUCCCAUUCGUGCGCGGCGUUACGCAGCAAAGAUACACCGAAUGUCAUACACUUACGCGACCGUACCACAUCGUCAAGUUCCGACUCAAUCUUUACUGAUCCAGCAUCACCGCAGGGCGGUUUUGCGACCGAAAUUAACGAGGCCUACUAUUCGGAAGAGAACAUCUGCGAUCUUACCGAACCCCAUUCGACUGGCCGCCACAAGUCCCCACCAGCUCAACUACCAACCUGCAGCAAUGAUUCGCUGCUAACCAUCGGUGACACCGUUGCCAUUGAACGUGAAGAACUUGGACAAGCAAAGCACAAGCGCCAGAAUGCCCCCUUCUGCAACGAACACCAUUCUCGCCACAGACCAUCAUCAUCAUCAUCAUCACAUGCGAAUCUGCACAUCGAACACAACGUAAGCAACGUCAGCAUCGAGCCAGAAACGGCCGUAUAUGACUCAUCGGAAUCAUCCACACCCUCACCGGACGACGACAGCAUGGAACGGAAGCGAGUGUCUCUGUCGCACCGUAGAACGACGGCCGGUGCUGCUACCAUUACAGGUAGCAAUGGAACCGCUUCAACCGGUCCCGGAACACGCGUUUCCCCAGCGAAUGGGACGAAACCUACGAAAGUGUUGACCAAAUCUAGCCUUUACGCGGGCACCAAGCUACCUGUGCUAACUGAUCGUAAGACCGGUGCUAACAGUGGUACCGGUACGGCCCCGGCCAACAGAGUGGUACGACCGUCGUACGUCCCAGAAAAGCUCAACUUUUUUUCGUACGAAAAAUUUGAAGGACACAUGCUGAUGAACUGGCUAUCAUCGUCGCUACCAGCGAACAUACCGGGCGUAAACGAGCAGGAUCUGCAAGCCCUGCUGUUCCAAUACUGCACAAAUCUUCUUGUGGCCGGGGUCAUGAAGCAGAUCCCAGACAAACAUGCUCCACCACAAGACACUUUCCGGACGAACCUAAUGUACCAGUGGACACACACCGAACCACCAACACCGACACCUGUUACUCCUGGCCGACUUGAACCACACGUCGUGUGGCCCCAUGCAUCGACGGCACAUGCCAGCACCACCACCAAAGCCGGUUCUUACCAAUCUACUAGCACAAAUACGGACAACCUCGCAACUAAAUCUGAAAACGGUACCCAGAUGGAACCCAGCCUCGAACAGAACGAUGCGCGAAAGGAAAAUGAUUUCCUGCUCCUACGGCGCCGGAUUGCAAGCUGCGAAACGAUCGCCCAGCUGAAGCGCAUUUUACUGGAGCUGUUUUUUAGCGAAGGCGUGCAGGCUGGUGCGGGCGACAUGGGGGGAGUCAACCAUACGAACGAUCAAUCGCUAAGCAACAGCUACCGGUUACUGAUCCAAGAUCUGCUAAACGAGACGGAUUGCACAGUCUACGACAAGGCCAAGACCGAUCUGCUAAGCGAAACCGAGUACACCGUGUUCGCUGCAAGCACAAGCACUCCAAAGCGGAAGUCUCUCCCUCAAGAGCACAGUGAGGAUGAUCAGAAUCGAAGUAGCGUUGCAAGUGAUACGACAACGACGACUGCGACUGCGUUCCAAACAUUCCUAAAUACCAGUAUUACUGCCAGCAAGAUAAGUGAUCUUCCAGAGCACAGCAAAACGUGGGCGUCUACUAACGAAGUAAAUAGGCCUAAUAGCAAUAACGAUAGCAAUAUGCCGUGUGCUCCAUCGAUGGCGAAUUACCUUUGCUCUAGCUGCGCCAAAAUGCGAAAAUCGGCGGCAAGCACAGCUUUGAGCCAAUCGUCUGUAGAGCAACCGGACAGCGAACAGCCCUCGACGUUGGUAACGCGCGAGACGCAAACUGAACCCAGUAGUAACAAUCAUUCCCAGGACCAGGAUCCAGCCAUUCCAUGUCCCUCUGACACUGGGCCUACGUUACCCCUGGCGCUGCCGCCGCCUCCACCACCUCCUCCUCCACCCCCACCACCCCUCUUCUUCAGCAACGCACCGGCGGCAAAUGUGGUGACCGGUUUACAGCAAUUGACACCUGCCCCUCCUCCUCCCCCACCACCACCACCUCCACCUCCACCUCCACCUCAUCUCCCAUCAUUACCACCCCCUCCAAUGCCGGGCGAGAGGGGUAAACCCUCUUCCGUUCCUCCGCCACCUCCACCGCCCCCACCAAUGGGGAUGGGUUCGAGUGCGGGCGGAGCUGCUGGGACUGCAGCUUUGGCAGCCGGACCACCGCCCCCUCCGCCCGGUGGGAUGGGUGCGAAUGGGCCGAAUGCUGCACCACCGCUUGGACCAGGUAAAUUAGCGUCAAGUGCCUCUGCUAGUGCGAACACCAGUGGCCCUCCGCCACUACCACUACCCAUACCAGUGCCCGGAGGAUGGUAUGCGGCGAAUAUUCUUCGCAAACAGCCGGUCAAUCCACCGAAACCGAUGAAACCGCUCUACUGGACCCGCAUUCUAGCACCAAAGAGCAGCGCUGGCAGUGGCUCGAAUGUGAUGUCGACGUCGCUGAGCGACGAAACUGAUGGAGCAUCCACCGCCACAAACGCAGGAACAAACGCGGAAGCGACUGACGGUGGUGAGCAAUGCAGCUCCAGCUCCAAGCUGCUAGACACUGCGAACGGUUCGCCGCCCGCCUCGAUGGAACCGGAAACGCGGCUAGGACUGUGGCAAGAGCUGGAGGAAACGAGUCUCGAUAAUCUGGAAGAGUUUACGCAACUGUUUUCCCGCCAAGUGAUCAUACCGAAGCUGCGGGAGAAGGUGGAAAAGCCGGAAAAGACGAUCAAAAUACUCGACUGCAAGCGAUCGCAGAAUGUGGGCAUUUUCGCGAAAAGCUUGCACGUGGAAUGGGACGAAAUAGAGUGCGCCAUCUACCAUUGCGACACGUCCGUCGUGAGCCUGGAAGCGAUGCAAAAGAUCCUGGAAAUCAAGGCGAGCGACGAGGAGCUGAUGCAGAUCCGCGAGUACGCCGAGACCAGCGUGGCCAACAACAAUAAUGCGAUUCCGCUGGAUCAGCCGGAACAGUUUCUGCUGCGCAUAUCGAGCAUAUCGUUCUUCUCAGAACGCAUUUCGUGCAUCGUGUUUCAGGCCGAGUUUGAGGAGCUUUACAAAGGCGUUUCGCGCAAGCUGAAAACAGUGAAGCAGGUGUGCGAGUUUCUGAUGGAGAGCGAAGAGCUGAAGCAUCUGUUCUCGAUCAUCCUCACGCUGGGCAAUUUCAUGAACGGAGGCAAUCGCACCCGGGGCCAGGCGGACGGAUUCGGGCUGGAGAUUUUAAGCAAGCUCAAGGACGUCAAGUCGGCCGACACGAACACGACGCUGCUGCACUUCAUAAUUCGUACUUAUAUCAGCCAAUGUCGCAAGAGUGGCAUUAUACUGCAGGAAAUUAAGCUACCCAUUCCGGAUCCGGGUGAUCUGGAUAAGGCUGUCAUAGUGGACUACGACGACUGCCGGCUGCAGCUUACCAUGUUGCGCGCCAAAACGAAAGAGUGCCGCCGGACUGCGGACCGAGUCAUUCUGGAGUCAACGGAAGACCAUCUGCAUCCCUUCAAGGAAAUCAUGGAAGAGUUCAUCGAAAAGGCGACGGCACGCACCGAGAAGCAGUUCUGCAAGCUGGAGGAAUGUUGCGAAUGCUUCGUGCGAACGAUGCGCUUCUACCAUUUUACGCCCAAGACGGGCACGCUGGAAGAGUGCAAGCCGGAAAUGUUCUUCGAGCUGUGGCUACCGUUCGCGCACGACUUUAGGAGCAUUUUUAAAAAGGAAAUGCAGCAACACCUUAAUGAACUUUUGAAAAAGUCCAAACGUCCAUCGACAGCACCGGCCGGUGCAAAGCAAGCCACAGCAAAAGCGAAACCCGGUUCGCUGAAGGAGCGCAUGAAACGGUUGAUGCAAAGCUAAGCGCUAAAAAUGGAACAGAAACGUAUAAUAAAAUGAUAAGGUAAAAACUUA